AAAAAUACUUAAACCUAAAUCCGUUUAUUUUUAUUACACUGGUUUACAUUUAUUUUCUCAAAGUAAUUUUUUAUAAGAAUGAAGAAUAUUUUAACAUAAAUGCCGAAUGAAGACAUUUUAUUCUAAAAGAGAUAUUUGUUUCCGCUAAAAUCCUUCUCAUAUGAAAAUAUUUCAAUCAAACCAGCAAAAACAUUGACCGAUAUUUUUUUUUUAUGUCAGGAAUAAAUGCUGUUGCUGAUACAUGGUAAAAACAGUUACCGUCAUUCAUGAGAGUUAGCCACUGUAGUUAAGACAGCGAGCAAGGCCGACAUGAAUAACAAUAAAGAACCGUCUGCAUUGGAGAAGUCAUCAGUACUGGAAACUGAUGACCCUGGACAUGACAUGGAUGAACCAGAAGUGGACACUGCAUCAAUGUUGAAAUCGAACGAACAGUCAGACAAUGCUAUGCGAAGGAAAUCUCGUGUUAAAGAUGACAGAACAUGUCUUGUUUGCGGUGAUAAGGCGUUAGGGUAUAACUUCAAUGCUAUGACUUGUGAGUCAUGUAAAGCUUUCUUUAGGAGAAACGCUCUGAAAUCCAAUACUGCAGCAUGCUUGUUUCAAGGCAACUGUCAGAUUGAUGUGCGGACCAGGAGAUUCUGCCCACAUUGCCGUCUGCUCAAAUGUUACUCAGUAGGAAUGAAGAAGGACAUGAUAUUAGAUAUUUCUGAGAGAAAAGCCAGAAUGCAGAAAGUUCUAGAAAACCGUAAACGUAAACUACAGGGAUCUGAUAGCACAGAAGUGAAUACAAAACAAGUAAUAAAGGAGGAGCCAUGUGAAGAGGACAUGCUUCCAGACCAAUCAGAUAGCAGCUUUCAACAGUCUAGUGGUAGCGGGAAGGUGGCAAGCUUAUUAAUUGAUGACCUUACCAGUAACUCUAAGGAAAACCUGAAAUUCUUACGCACACCACCAGUUUCUGAUACAGAUAGCAAGGAUCCAUCUUUGUUUCGUAUCUUAACACCACCAGAAUACAUCUUAUUUGAAGACCUGGGAGAGGCGUAUGGCAGCACUUUAGGAGAGAUGUUAGCUGACAGACCUGAAGAAAAAAGUUACAACAAUUGUAACGAUCUUAUAAAUAAUUCAACCGUAGCGGUUAAGCGGCUUAUCAAAUUCAUUAAACGUUUGGAAGAUUUCUACGAGUUGAAUAAAGACGAUCAAAUAGCAGCCCUGAAAGCUUGUGUUCUAAGUUCAAUCAUUCUUAGAUCAUCUUGUUUUUAUAGUGUAGAGCGCGAUUCAUGGAUCACAGGCACAGGUGAAAUUUCCACGUCUAUUCUACAGAAAUCAACCGGUUACAGUGAAUUACACGUGAUUCAUACAAAUUAUUGCAGGAGUUUAAAGGAAAUCAUCGGAGAUAACAAGAUUUUAUUUUCCCUCGUACAGGUAAUUUGUAUUUUCAACCCAGAAUGCAGCGAUGUGCGAGAAAAAUGUAAAAUGUCCAACGUCCAGGACAAAUAUAUCAUAUUAUUGAAGCAUUACCUUGAAUCAGAAUUCUCUUAUACAAAUGCGAAAUUCCUGUUCUCUAAAAUACUUGCCAUAAUUGCAGACAUGAAACAAAUUUCGGAUGCUCACAAUACCAUCAUCUUACAGGCCAAUCCCGCAGACAUUGAACCUCUGAUGCUUGAAGUUUUAGACCUGAAAGGUGUAGUUUCAAGUCAGUCAUAAUAUCAAAACGUAAAUGUAAGCUUGAACUAGUUUGUAUGAGGUAAUGAGGAAAUACUAAUACUCUUAAAAAUUUGUUGUGGGACUGUAAUUUAUAAGAAUUUUGAUAUUAAAUGAACAUCAUGGCAAGGUUGUAUGAGUUGACAAUUUUUAUGUUUACUUGAUCUCUUGUAUAAAUGUUGUACAAUCAUAACACUGAUGUUUAGUUAAUGGUUUUGGAAAUGUGACUAGAAAAUGUGAAAGAAAUGUGACAAAACUGAAACAUGUUGUACAGGAAAAUGUGAAAGAAAUGUGACAAAACUGAAACAUGUUGUACAGGAAAAUGUGAAAGAAAUGUGACAAAACUGAAACAUGUUGUACAGGAAAAUGUGGGGGGAAAAAUGUGACAAAACUGAAACAUGUUGUACAGGAAAAUGUGGGGAAAAAACGUGACAAAACUGAAACAUGUUGUAUGGGAAAAUGUGAAAGAAAUUUGACAAAAAAAAGUGAAAUAACUGUACCAGUUAUAUAGUGUGACAUGAAUGCACCAAAUUUGGACAAAGUCAUAGAACCUAUUUGAUGUGUGGGAGGUUGAAAUUUGACUGGUUGAAAGCAUCUGUUGUUUGACAUUUACAGAAUAUAUUUAAAACAAGAUUGUGUGACCUGCCUUCUACAGGGUCACAAUGAUUGUUCCAGAAAUUUGACUAGAUUUCUAAUACAUUUAGUUUGAUAGAAAAGAAAAUCUGUAAAAGUUUGUAAAGGAUUUGGUGAAGACAUGUUAGAGAGAUACAAUGAGUAUGUGAGAAUUGAUGGUCCCUGGAUGGAAUACAUGAUUUAUAUUUGAAUAAUUUUGUUAUUUAGGUAUAACAUUGUUGUAGAAUGUUAAAUAUGUUAACCCUUACAUUGCAGGUUAUUGAUUGGUCUUUUUCACUAGCAUAGAGCCAGGCCUGCUUUGACAAGACCUGGGGUUAUCGUUAAUCGAUUACACUGUUAUCAUCAUGUAAUUGAUUACAGUACCCAAAAUUGAUUAUUAUAUUUUAAAAUUGUAAUUAAUCAAUUACAGCUUAAAUUCAGACUUCUGUAAUUAUGAUUACAAUUUGAUUGACAUUGAUUACUGUCAGAUUUAACAGAAAACUAUUUAAUUCAAAGGAUGCCUUUGUUUUACACGAUACAGUUUAACUUUUGUUUUACAGUUUUACAGUUAUACAUUGAAUGUAAUCAUUUAUCAAUCAACAACUCUCUUACAGUAAUUGUAAUUUAAUGUAUUACAGAGGCAAGUCUUAAUCAAUCAUUAUCGAUUACAAUAAAAUCUGAAAGUAAUUGUAAUUAAAUCAAUUAAUGAUCAAUUUAAUCAUCACUUUGACAAGGCAGCUAAUAUUUAGCUUAUUUGUUUUGAAGAAAUUGUCAAGGUACAUGUAUUAUGAUCAUCAUCAUUGCCAUUGUCAUGCAAAUUUUUCUAACUUUUCAAAAGUAUCAACAUGAAAGCUAGUACAUGUAUAUUUGCUUAUUAUGAUUAGGCGUACAUUGUGUAGCAAUAUAACAAGGGGCAUUAUCCAGAAAGAAAUACUUUUAGAGUUAUGCCCCAUUUUUGAUUGGAUAUUCCCAAACCUGAGUCUUUUUGAGAAACUCAGCUGGUUAAGGGUAUAAUACAUGUAUGUAUUACUCUGUUUUUAAUGAAUUAUCAGUACAUUAAAGCUGAAUGCCAAAAUUUUUCAAGAAAAUCAAACUUGAAAAAAAUGUACUCUGAUUUUAAGAAAAGGAAACAGAUUCAAGUAAUAAUUUACAUAUUAUGUGCGAUUAAUGACUGAUUUUGCAAUAUUUAUCAGCAUAUUUUUUCACUGCAUGACUAACACAGUAAGGGCUAUUGUUGCAUAUUUUUACCUCUUUUGGGUAAUUUACAUGGAUUUUAAAUGCUGUUUGCAACUUGUAAAUUACUUUCUUUGUUUGCUUCACAAAAUUUAAUUUUUAGAUACAUUUCCAAAUUUGCAUGAAUACAUUUCCAAAUUAGCAUGAAUCAUAAAUCUGGAGGCAUGCUGCUUUAAUCAAAAUUGUACACAAAAUAAAGCAGUCCCAUCAUUUUAUCAGGGUAAGGAUUGUGAUAGAUAGAUAGUUUAUUUAUAUAAGACAUGCAUAAAAUGCACAUGGUCACAAAAUACAUACAUUCAAAUAAAAUUAAACAUCAAGUUAUCAUCAAAGGUUACAUUAUUUAGUAGCAAAGUGUCAUACAACUUUGGACUAUAUUAACAAUGCAUGGAGAAUGAAAAGAAAUAAAAUAAUAUUACUAACAAGAUAACAUUUAUAUAAUUAUGUCUGAAGAUUCGGUUGUUUUAUUUCCCUGCAUUUAUGAAAGUUUUCAAAUUUAACAAUACUUUUUUCUUUUUUGAACUCAAUAAAUUUGUACAUGCUAAGGGUUUUAACAUAAUAUUUUGGUAUGAAUUUGUUUCUCAGGUCAGAAUACUUUUUGCAUGUAAUCAUAAAAUGAAAUUCAUCUUCUAUGUCAUUACCACAGAAAUAACAUAAUCUUUCAAUUCUUGGUUUAUGUAUAGGUGGAAUAGUGACUUAUGUUAUUGUUAAAGAUAUUUAUUUUUCUUUGUUUUCAUAUAUAUUGAUGGUACCGGUGAUGUAUAACAUGCAUAUGGCCUUACAUAAUAUGUUACAAUUUAUAUAUAAAUAUAUAUAUAUUAUUGAAAUUUUAUCAUAUAUUUAUUAUACUUAAAGUUUAUAGAUACAAAUUUAUUUAUAUGAUACUAGGUGUGUAUGAAUCUAUAAUUUCAUUUAAACUUUACAGUGAUUAGUUUUCUUUUAUCACUUGGCUUUAUUUCUUUUUAAAAUUAAAAUAAAGUGCUCCGAUGGUAUAAAUAUGAACAUGUAAGGUCAUGUGGAUAUGGAAGAUGUGAUACGUAAAAAUGUUUCUUCAAAUUUUAUUUGAGGAAUAUUUCAACUUACAAAAGGCAAAAGCAUUUUCAAAAGCAUCAAUGCCAGUUUAUUUUCUAUUUACAAAAAAAUUCUGGGUAUCCAAUAAAACACAGAUCAUUACAUGUAUUGUAAGCAUAAUAUACUGAGAAAGUAAUCUAAAUUUAAAGUUCAGAUCUGUAUAGGUUGAAGCAACUUAUCAUAUGAUUCCACUUCUGUUUGUAUCAAAGCAACUUUUAUACAGGAUAGGUGACCUUUUUCAAAAUAGACAUGACCUUGAUAAAAAAGAGGGGUAAUGACCUUAUCAAAAAGGGCAUAACCUUUGCUAAAGACGGUCAUGACCUUACCAAAAAAGGACAUGACCUUACCAAAAAAGGACAUGACUUUACUAAAAAAGGGCAUAA